GGUACUUUAUAUCGCGGCAUCGCGUGUCGAGUCGAGUCGAGCGGCGCACCACACGUCGAGAGAGCAAAGAGGCGAGAGCAGCGACGACUUCGCCUCCCAGACAUACAAGGGCUGAACCCGAUAAUCAGGUCCGCGCGACUAGCUGGUUUGUGUCCGGAUUAGGGCCUCGAAGGACAGCGGACCGUUCGAGGACUCGUCGGCACAGAGAUGUCUUCCACUACGGUGGAUCGUCCUGCCAAGACGGGAAUGACGAACAAAAAGGAAAACGAGAACAAUACCAAGGCACGAAGGAUUUCCAAUGCAUCACAUAAGAAGCACAAACACGAGGAGAACCGCCACUUCAAAUUUGGCCGUAAGCGCUUGCAGAGUUUCACUGGCAAUGGCAAGUUCUGUCCACCGUACAAGCGCAGGAAGAAAGAGGGAGCAAUCAUUCCUCCUACCAAGUUUUUGCUUGGUGGAAACAUAUGCGAUCCGUUGAAUCUGAACAGUAUGCAGGAUGAGGAGAUCAACAGAGCUAUGAAUGCGGUUACUCCAAAAUCAAGUCCUCUGCCAACUCCCAAGCACAGGAAAGAGGCUAUUGAAGUUAUCAUACCUCCCAAUAUAUGCGAUCCAUUGAAUCUCAUAAAUUGCAAUGACAAUGACGAGUAUGAAAAGCAACUGAUAUCACCGGUAAAGAAGACUUCUAAGAAGAGGAAUAGGAAGCGGAAAAGGCCAUCCAGUGCUGGAAGGGAUGAUACUAAUAAAGAAUCAGCUGAGAUCAAAGACUCGAUAUCUAUAGAAGAGGCUAAAGUAGUUGAAAAUGUUGAAGCUAAUGUUGUAGUGGAACCUGCAAAGAAUGAGUCUCCAUCAAAGCCACCGCCACUGCCACCUCUGCCAUCACAGGAGACUCAGCAAACUAAAAUGGAGAAACCUCCGCCGAAAGAGAAGGUUAAAUUGAGAUUAAAGGGGUUGGACGAGGUAAAGGAUAAGAGGAUUAAGAAGUUGGAUGUUAAGGACAAGAUAGUCAGUCCUGUCAUACCACAACCUGGUGCAUGGAAACCACGAUUGCCCCAUCGACCAAAUCAGGAUAAGAAAAAGAAAGCUCAACAACAGCCAAAGUUCAAUAGCAAAAAUGCAAGAUUCCAAUUUGGAAAUUAUAACCGGUAUUACGGAUACAGGAAUCAACAUCAAAAUUUGGAUACAAGACUUACUGUGUUCACCCAAAGAAAGGAGCUGUUUUAUGGAAAAGACAUUUUAGACAUUGGUUGUAAUAUAGGUCACAUCACACUUUCUGUCGCACGGGAUUUUUCAGCCCGCAGUGUGACUGGCAUUGAUAUUGACAAAAAGUUGAUCAAUAUUGCCAGAAAAAACGUCAAGCAUUAUGUUAAUUGUGUUCAGUCCCCAGUAAGCACUGAAGAUGGGGAACGUAAAGAGUACGAUGCUAAUUAUUUUCCCACGUCUAUGCUGAUUAACUAUGGACCUGUAGAUAUACCUGGCUUUACAAAGCACAAUGAUCAUAAAGGUUUUCCUUACAACGUCACGUUUGUUCAGGGAAACUAUAUAUUAGAAGAUGAUGCUCUUCUGUCUUCAGAGCAGCCACAGUUCGACACAAUCAUCUGCUUAUCCAUCACAAAGUGGAUUCAUUUGAAUUUCGGCGACGCUGGUUUGAAGCAGAGUUUUAAGAGAAUGCAUGCACAACUGAGACCUGGUGGAGUUUUAAUUCUUGAGCCUCAAAGUUGGAACAGUUACUCCAAAAAGAAGGCGCUAACGGAAAAAAUUUACAAGAAUUACCAGAGCAUCGAGUUUUUUCCACAAAAGUUUACUCAAUACCUGUUGUCUGCUGAAGUGGGCUUCCGAAAGUGCGAAGUCGUUUCGGUGCCACCACAUCCGUCGAGAGGUUUUCAAAGGCCAAUCUAUCUUUACACAAAAGCCGACGACGUCACGAGUCCAGCUGCUAUCGCUACAACUUCGGAGACAGCUGCCAGUGCGUCUACGACGACUCCAAGUGCGACGAACGACAGUGCGAUGGAUGUGUCGAUCGAGGCUUGCUCAACAUCGACUGGGGUGAGGAACGAGCGCAGACAAAGCCUGGAACAACAAGAGUACCAGCGGCGGGAAUACGAGAGGGAACUGUUCUCUGUGGAACCACGCAAAGAACCUUGGGAGACCGAGAUAAGCCCAAAUGAGCAGUCUACGAGUCAACGUAGUGGCGAGUCGUUCAGUCAGUAUGAGAACCUGGAAAAUGUUUAUGCGCCAAGUGUGACGCCGUGUUACGACACUCCCAUUCAUAACGUCGACAGUAAUCCUCCAGACCCCGAGAAGAUGUGUUACCUCGACGUGAAGAUAGAGCAUGACCAGUCUGAGAGCAAUCACGUCACCGAAAAUGGGAACAAAACGUCUCCAACAGCUGAGGAAGAUCAACAGCAGAGGCCGGAUGGCGGCAGUAGCGAGCUAACCGAACAACAGGAAGACAAGACGUGAACGUAAGCACGUCACCCAAAGUAAAACCACCGCGUCAGUUUUCAAUGAAUUACAAUACGAGAACACCCGUUAUUAAUAAUACACGAGUCUUUCAAAGUCCGGAGUCGUAUAAACGCAUAAUGAUGAAUGCGCAUCGCGAUAAGCGUAAGAAAUUAUAAAUUAAUUUUGUUAUUGGGAUAGAGAGGAUGUUUGGAUAAAAAAUAUGAGCGAAUCUUGAAGCAAUUUUAAAGUGCGAUGAUGAGUAUCGCCGAUAGCGACGUCGCAGUCUCGGAAAUGACUGUGCAAAAGGCAACACAAUUUUUUCACGUUCAAUAAAAAAAAAAAGAAAAAGAAAACGGAGAUAAAAGUCAUUAGACGUUGUAUAAGAUAGUUGCACUGUAAAACAAAAUAAUAAAGUGAAAAAUGGAAGGCAGCGAUUGUUCUAAUAGAAUAUCAUGGGUUGGUUAUUUCUUUUCAGGGCCACUUUCUAUACUCAUAUAUCUUAUAUAUCCAUCAUAAUUGCUUUAUUUUGCAAGAAUUAAAACAUUCCUUGUGGGCAAAGAGUCUGGCUGCCGACUACAAUUCUCUAUCUUUAUUUGUUUAUAAUUUUCUUUUAUAAUUUAUGAGGUGCAUCGUUGAGUUUUGUAUGUAUGUGGAAGUUUAUGCGUCUCUGCGACAGUGGGGGUUUUGUUUUAUUUCCUUUUUAUGAGCUACUUGCGUUGACCUGCAACAGCUUGUACACUUCUACGACUGAAGAUGUGUGCGUACGUGAAAGAACAGGAGUGAGUUGCAUAAUUAAUUUUUAAUCGAUAGGCAUCGUAAUUAUAACGAAACGAAAAUAAUAAUAGAAUAAUUAUAACCGUCUUAAUUAACUGCUUUGUAAAAUUGGCUUUGAAUGUACAUGCGCAAAUGAAAUUGAUUAUCGAACCAAUAUUGUCGAGCUUUAUAAUCAAUGUAUAAAGUCUUAAUUUAUAUAAAACUAUUAAGUUUAUUAAUUAAAACGAUUCAGAAAUAAACACAUGUAAUUUAGGAAAUCACUCCCGUAUCUGAUCAGAGUUUGCUCAUAUCGAAACUCAUUCCUGUUCUCUAUCUCUCCAAAAAAUGAGCGAUGAAGAGCGCGGGCGAAAUUGUACUGCUGUAGUCUGUACGACUAACGAGAGUAUUAUGCUAAUUUUCAAGGCUAGUAUCAAUAUGCUUACGUUACUAACAAAGCAAGGCGCCAGCGCCUUGCGUUCAAAUAUGUAAUUUAUCUUUCUUUUAAUUCACAAAAAGGCAGAGUCACCCUAAUAUCUUUGAACAUCGUUUCUCCAUUUUCUUGCGAUACUUGUACACGUGUGUUACAAGUAACUUCGAGACUUACAUAAGCUUGCGUAUUCAUGAAAUGAUAUAACUACUCAGUUGUAAAUAUUAUUAUAAUUGCAGCAUUUCGUAAUUCUAUAUGCUCGAGUAGAAUUAUCAUACGAAUUAUAUGUAAUAGAUACCAUACAUUAUAUAGAAAUACUGACACUUACGACAGCAUGUACAUCAGUUUUCUUAUACCAAGUUGAAUUAUACAUCACAAAAACAUGAUUUCGUAUACAGAAUGUAUUAGAUCAAAUGAGUUGUAUGUGUAGUUUUCAAAUUUUAUGCCGAAAAAUAUGCGUAUAUACGUUUAGUUCUCUCAAAUAGCUGAAUAAAGUCUUAAACUAAUAACUGUUAAUAUACUGAGGUUUUUUUUUGUUAAAGUAUUAAAUAAUUAAAAAAGAAAUCUCAAAAGUAGUACAGAAAAUGUAAUAUCAAUAGAAAAAUCAUAAUAAGUUGUAUGGAAAACAAUUAAAAAUUUACAUCGUU